AUGAAGAGCGCGGAAGCAAGACUGCAAAACCUCGACCGAAAUAGCCUUCUGGGAGACAACAGUAAAAAACCAGCGGCAAAAAGCGGCCCAAAGAUAUCAAAUGGUGAAGCAAAGACGAGACUGCGGCAGGUUAACCAUUUGGUUGGAAACAUUCUGAAUCAGGGUCAAAGAGCGCAGGAACAGCUGGUUGAUUCUAGUUAUGUUCUAAGAGGGACCAAAGGAGACUUGGCGUCUGGAUCAGAUCAUUUGAAGAAUUCUAAACGCCUUUUGGAAAAGCUUAAACGAAGAAAGAAAACUGACCAACUCAUAUUCUUUCUUUGCCUGGCAUUCUUCUUCGCAACUUGUCUAAUGAGCGAUAAUGUGAAAGUUAUCGUUCGAUGCAGACCCCUCAACUCUAAAGAAAAAUCAGGGGGCUACAAAGAGGCAGUUCAGUGCGACGAGGUCAACGGUCGGGUUCUUAUUGAGCGGCCAAAUGAUCCACCAAAGUCUUUCACAUUCGACCAUGUCUUCGGAAAAGACAGCCGGCAAGUCGACGUCUACAAUCUCACCUCUCGCCCAAUCGUCGAUUUCGUUUGCGAGGGCUACAAUGGAACCAUUUUCGCUUACGGUCAAACUGGAACUGGUAAAACAUUUACGAUGGAAGGCGUGCGCUCAAAUCCAGAGCUCAAGGGAAUAAUUCCCAACUCAUUCGCGCAUAUCUUCAGCCAUAUUUCGAAAAUUGGCGAUUCUGAUCAUACUUUUCUCAUUCGCGUCUCUUACCUCGAAAUCUACAACGAAGAAAUCCGAGAUCUUCUUGGGAAAGAUCAGAAAAAGCGCCUCGAAAUCAAGGAGCGCCCAGAUGUCGGAAUCUACGUCAAGGACAAGAAAGAAUUCGCUGUCAACUCAGCUGAGCACAUGGAGAAGAUUAUGUCUCAAGGAAACCAAAACAGAUCAGUCGGAGCGACCCUGAUGAAUGCCGACUCCUCCCGAUCUCAUGCUAUUUUCACGAUCACGAUCGAAUCAAUGGACAAGGGGCCUGAUGGACAACAGCGCGUACGAAAAGGACAGCUGCACAUGGUCGAUUUGGCCGGUAGUGAAAGACAAGCGAAAACGGGCGCUACUGGAGAUCGACUAAAAGAAGCGACCAAGAUCAACCUCUCGCUAUCUACCCUUGGAAAUGUUAUAUCCGCUCUUGUCGACGGAAAAUCAAGUUUCAUCCCCUAUCGAAACUCGAAGCUUACCAGAUUGCUUCAGGACUCCCUUGGUGGCAAUUCAAAGACGCUCAUGAUUGCUACUUUUGGGCCGGCAAAUUACAACUUCGAGGAGACUAUUUCUACGCUGAGAUAUGCGAAUAGAGCGAAGAACAUCAAGAACUCGGCAGUCAUCAAUGAGGAUCCAAAAGACGCGCUGCUGAGGCAAAUGCAAGAGGAGCUUGAUGCGCUAAAGAAACAACUGGAAAAAGUUGGAGAAGGCGGCGGAGUACCGACUGAUCAACUCGCACAAAUGAGCAUAGAAAUUAUGAAGCAGCGAGAAAACUUAGAAAAAGAUCGUGAACUGGCGGAGAAAGACAAGCUCAAGGCAAUGAACUCACUGAAGAAAAAGGAAGCUGAAAUCAAAAAGACCGAAAGUGAACAAGCCGAACUUGAAGCUAAAAUGGCGCAGAUCAAUCAAAAAGUUGUGCACGGCGGCGUCAACUUGCUGGAAAAAGAUGAAGAGCAACAGAAACUAUUGGAAGACAGUAACAAAGAGCUACAGCAAAAAAUCGCGAGCCAAGAAGACAUGAAAAAGCGUAUCGUAGAAGUCGACUUUACUCUAGAAGACAUCAACAAAAAAUACUCUUCGCUGCAAGAAGAAGCGAGCGAAAAGACCCGCAAGCUGAAGAAAAUCUGGACAAUGUUCAACGCUGCCAAAUCAGAACUUGCUGACAUCGAAGCCGAAAAUGCAAGAGAAAUAGAGUCAAUGCUCGAUAAUAUACGAGAGUUAGAACAAAGUCUGCAACUGAAGCAACUCAUCAUCAGGAGACUAAUCCCGCCAGAAAUGCAACAACUGAUAGAAGAAAACAUGAGCUGGAAUGAUAUGAUCGGCGAGUGGCAAGUCAAAGGAAUAGCUUACACUGGAAAUAAUAUGAUGAAACGUCGCGAAACACCACCUCCUGAACCAGAAGAAUUCGACGAGGAACAAGCAUAUCUUGUUUAUGGCGACCCAAUCAUGCCUUCUGCUCGACCAAGGACUUCGAAGAAAAGUCGCAAGAAAAAGAAAUCCAGUCGGAAUUACGAGCUUGAGCAGCUAUAA